AUGUUGUCUGCGCUCGUCCAGCAGAUCUGCAGCUUCAACCUAUUUCCAGAGAUUCAGGUGGCAGGGGAUAUCAGGGAUGCACGUUUUGGAGGAUGUCUUGAAGGUUUGAAAUUCUAUAGGCUGGCUGGACAACUGGAGCUGUUUGAAGCACAGUUUGAAGCGGCUGGAACCAGCAGGGCCAGCAGGGCCAGCAGGGCUAGCAGGGUCCAAUGUGUUUGUGCUGCCGGAAUGGCUGCAGUACGCAUGUACAACUUUGGGACCCUCCGCCAAUUCUGCCGGUCAGCCCUCACAUUUGGCUCAGCCCGUGCCUCAGCUCUCAUCUUUCAUCAGCUCUUACCGGAAAUGCUGCGCAUUCUGACCCUUCUGACCCUUGCCACCUGCGGUGCCUGCGGUGCCGAGUGUGGCGAGGAGUGUGUCAAUGAUGUCAAUGUGGCAAGCGGAUCAAGCGCCGCAAGCCGCAGUCAAUCCCUUCUCCAGGUUGCAAAGACCCAGACCGGAGGCUACGAGAUCGGCGGCGACAAUACGCAAAGCUGCAGCUAUCAGCGUGAGCGCCUUCCAACGCCAGCUGAGUGCAUGGAAGCCGCAGGAGCUUUGGGUAAGAACUAUGGCUUCACGGGUUCCUAUGCCGGCUGGCCUAGAGAUUGCUUCAUGUACCGCGAUGUCAUCUACUUCAACGAAGACCAAGUGACAUGCUCUGGACGGGACAGCGCCCGCCUGAUCUGCAAGCGUGUGGAAACUACAACAACCACGACGGAGAGCUUGCCUAACGUGUUGAGCUACGAGAUUGGCGCACCGGGCUUCGACUGCGCAGUAGGCCAUGUGGUUUCCACACAUGUCGAGUGUGCAAGCAGCGAACUUCUCACCGCAGUGGGGCUCAGUUUUUCUAACUGGGUCUCAACGCAUAACUUACAGUUUGGCUGCUUGUAUUCAUCAAGUCUUCAUUCCCUGUUCUUCAAUUACUAUGAGGGUGGAUCGGUUGACUACAACUACAUGCCGGUCUGCAAGACUGAAAGCAGCCCGGUGAUCCGAAACUUCAACAUUGGAGUCUUUGACACCAAUAGCUGUGCCGCUGGAAAUCCCAUCCAAGAUGUGGAACUUUGCCGGGAGGCUGCCGCCUUCUUCGGUGAGGUCUUCUCCGCAGAGGGUAGUUACUCCGGCUACCCUCAGGGAUGUUUUAAGUUCCUGAACGGCGACGUGUAUUGGAACCGCCAUGAAGGCAACCUUCCAAGCCCCAAUGCUGCUCCAAUUUGCAUGGGGUGA